UAUGUAUACAGUUUGAAUUGAAAAAUAGAUAACCCUUUUAUGCACGUUGAUGAUCAUUUGAUUAUCACCACAAAAAAUUGUGUAUAAAAUACAACAAAAAUUUUGAAAAACACUAGUAAUUGCAACAAAAGUCAUGUCAUUAUUAUUGGCGGACAUCGAGGCGACCGCUAACGAGAAACUGGAUGCCGGGCUCCGGGAUUACUUGAAUAGGGGUGCCCAGCAUGACGUGACUCUGGAGGCCAAUCGGGAGGCGUUCAAUAGGCUACGGAUAAGACCCCGAUAUAUGGUUGAUGUGUCCAAACGUGAUCUAACGGCGCGACUGUUUGGCGAUACACUACGGGCGCCGAUAUGUGUGUCGCCGUUCGGACUCAACCGCCGGUUCCACUCGAAUGGCGAGUUCGAGACCGCGAAGGGUGUGUCCCAAUGCCAGACAGUAAUGGUGGUGAGCAGUGGCUCGGGCGUGACUAUCGAGCAACUGGCGGAACGGGAGCCCCUACUCGUCAAAUGGUUUCAAAUGUUUAUAUACGAAGAUCGGGUUAUGACUAGAGAUAUGGCACAGCGGGCCGAGAGGGCCGGCUAUAAAGCACUGGUACUCACUGUAGACCAGAAUACUAUGGGACUCAGGUAUCACAACAUGAAAAACGCUUACGUGGACACAGACGAGAGGGUUAACUAUCGGCCCUAUGGGGUCAGUAAGGAGGUGGCCAGGGAUGCCACGUGGGAGGACGUGAAGUGGCUGAAAGGUGUGGUGAAUAUACCGGUGGUUAUUAAGGGUGUCCUUACGGCAGAAGACUCGCGAUUGGCUGUUAAUGCCGGUGCGGACGCCAUCUUUGUGUCCAAUCAUGGCGGCCGACAGUUGGACGGAUCGCCAGCUACUGUAUGU